UUCGGCUUUUCCUGUGCUUUUUCGGCUCGAAAUCAGCCGAUUUUUAAUGUUUGAAAUACAAAUUGGUUUUUUUCAUUCAAAUAAAUCACCAAAGUUAUUAAAUAACGGUAUUUAUAUCAGAAUCUUUCACAAAGCCAUUUCGUUAUUCGGGGCGUGGAAAGUGCGGCAAAAUUUAAAAGUUCUAAACUCAGCUGGUGUUUGUAGAGGCAUGGCCGAUUUUUGUUGUUUUUACAAAUUAGAACAUUAAUUUAAAUAAAUAUUGCCCUGCAAAUCUGUUAUUUUUUUUUCAAAAUAACUUACUUAAAACGACGAUAUCAACGCAAAUUCAUAAACAUUGGAAAAUGGAGAGUGUGAAAGAUCUUUAUCUUACACUGGAUGGACAGCCGCUGGAAAAACAGAUUAAUAUUAAGCACAGUGAAACAAAACGAUUCAUCGAAAGUGUUCUCCCUUUUGGUGACAGAGGCGGUAUCGAUGAAGAAUUACGAAAGAGAUUUCCCCUGGAAAUGCACAAAAAGAAGAUCAAACAGGAUAAGACGCGUAUGAAAAAAGGAAAACUUUCUUACAAAGAGAUGAAAAGUUUAAACCUGAGAAAACUUCCGAAGACUGGCCUCAAGUAUAGCGAUUAUUUACCUCUAAAUAAAUUGUGGACUGAUUACAUCAAAAGCUAUGUAAACCUUGACGAAAUUCGGAAUGGAGGAGGUGUUUCGGAGCAAGGAACCUUAAUGCUACAGAAGGCAGAUUUUCAUGGUGCUGUAAUCAGGGUUGUGCGUUCUAAAUGUUCGUCACUGGUCGGCAGCCAAGGAAUCAUUCUGAUGGAUACAAAAAAUAUGUUCCAAAUUAUUUGCAAGAAUAAUAUGGUCAAAUCCAUUCCAAAACAGUCCUCCUUGUUUGAAAUUACUAUUCAAGAUUUGACGAUCUCGGUGUUCGGCAAGCACUUUAUUACCAAGCCAGCAGAACGGAGCACCAAAAAGGUAAAAGCAAGAAUGCUCAAAGACAUCGUGUGAAAAAAUAAAAUCAGGAUCCUUAUUAAAUUUUUGAGUUAUUUUA